AUGGACUUUUACAGAUUUCCAAACGAGAUAUUCACUUUGAUCAUUGAACACCUAGUCCUCGAGGUCGGAUUUACGAAGGCAGUACGGCUCAGAUUAGUAGAUAGCCAUUUCGACUCUGCUAUUUUGUUUGCCAUUUGCGAUCGUCAGAUUAUCGAUCUUUUUGAUCCGAUUAUUGCCAUGCUGAACCUCAUCACUUCACCACUUCUAGGGAGAAUUCUCUUAACAAAGUCACGCUCAAAGGCAGCAACUAGAAUCGCUACUCUCCAUGUGAUUGCAACUGUCAAUCAAGAGCUGGACAAGUUAAUUGGAUGCGCACAACAACACCGGCAUGAGCAACAUCUGAUGAUCAGUACGGCUGUUGCAGCGUACCUACGGGAUGACUCCAAGAGACACACGGCACGUUAUCUCAGUGAAGCUGAACAAGUGCAUAGUCUCAUGUGGGGAGAAACCAGGAAUGAACAUCUCUCAGUUGAUGACAAGUUGACAGCCGCCACUAUAGACAAAGCACAUAAUCUCUUCUGCGGAGCUAUUGUGCUCGGGAAUCUAUCUUUGGUCAAAUCCUUGGCCUCUUCGGUGGACAUUAAUACAGUGAAUUACUAUUUUGGCCAGCCAUUAGGUCUCGCCGCUAUCUGGGGGCAUAUUGAUAUUGUUCGAUAUCUUCUUGAUCAUGGUGCUGAUCCACACUGGAUUGCAGAACAAUCCAAGUCGAUUGCUAUUUGCUCAAUUGAAGCUGCAUACCAGCUAUUUGAGUAUAAAUGCCCAGGAGGAAGCGCCCUAGCCGCUGCGGCUCUCGGUGGAAACAAUGAGAUUGUGUCUCUACUUUUGGAGCCAGAGUUUCGACUCUCAACUCUUGACCGAGAGUACUGCAGAGCCAUACUAUACGCCGCUCGGAUUGGCCGUCCAGACUUGAUAAACCUACUCCUGCAGGUAGAGGGGGGGUCCAUUCGCGAUGAUAACUAUUUGCGUGAAGCUAUGCUUUGGGAGGCAGUUUGCCACAACCGAGAAAAAACAGUGAAACUACUCCUAGAUCAUGGUGCCAAUGCCAACGAAAAUUCGUAUGGUACUUACGGGCCUGGGUAUCCGCUUCUAGUUGCUGCAAAACUAGGACAUGUUCGGUUGGUGCGUAUGCUCCUAAAUAAUGGAGCCCAUAUGUGUCCGGAUAACCCAAGUAAUGUGCCCAUAGUUUAUGCUGCUCAGCAAGGACAUGUGGAAGUCAUUAAGGUAUUGGUUGAUGAGUACGGCGAGAAACUCGAGCAUGCCCUGACUCCGGCUGCAUCUAGAGGACAGGUUCAUCUAGUUAAAUACCUUUUACACAGAGGAGUAAAUGUACAUCAUUGUGAAGCCUAUUCACUCGGGGUGGGCUUGCGAGCACUCAUUUCGGCUAUACAGUGUAGGAAUCUGGCCAUCAUUUCCAUGUUAGCUGAUGCGGGCGUUCCACUCAAUAAUGACGCCCAUAUAUAUGACGACCCAAUGUGGAUGGCAAAGGCCCAUUACACCCCAUGGGUCUUUGAGCAUUUGCUGGCUCUGGGUGCUGAGGACAGGGACUAUCCAGGGGAUCAUAGAAUUAAGUAUCCGAGUGGUAUGGUUUACUCACAACGCCAAUGUGGAGUGCUUGACACCAACCCAAUGACCUGGAGAUGGCAGGGUAGGUAUUAA